AUGGUCCAAGGCGUUUUCAGCCUGCUGCUGCUCCUCUGGACCGGCGUCUCGGCCGUGCCUGGCGCUGACCUGAAGCUGCCGCUGCCAUUCCCCGUGACGACCCACCCGCUUCAGUUACCGUCGAGUCUCUUUGCUGCCUCGGAGCGACUUCCGCUGAACGCCCAUGUCGUCAAUUCGUCGACGAUGGGGAACCCGAAGCUGCUGGCGGACGUGCCGUUCCCUACAGGCGCUUGGUGGACGAACUUGGUGCUGGCUGAGGGUAAAUCUGCCAUCGCGUCCCUCCCGUACGUCUUCAAGAUCCUGAGCGAGAAGCUGCACGUGAGUUACCCAUUCCGAGUUGUGACGCCCACGGACAUUGUCGAAGGGUUCAUAGCCCAGAUGGUCUUCAGCUCUCAGCCGUCAAGUAUAUCGUCGCUGCCCAUGGCGCAUCAGGUGGUGGACUUUGACGACUUUAGCACUACCGUGCGCUUCAGUCGAGGUCAGACCGAAGAGUUCCGCGUGUUUCUCGUGCGUGGCUCUCCGUAUAUUACAAUGGAGUUCAGACACAGUCGGCCCCUGAUUGAAGCCAUGGACGGACUGCAGAUUGUGCACUUUGAGAGGCUGCUAGGGCUGAAGCUGAUGAAUGGGGACGACGUGCCGUUUGCCACGUUCGCUGCGGAGCUGAACAACGGACAGACGUGGUACGUGUAUGCGUCGGAUUCGACUUUGGAGCUUCAACUAAACAGCAAUCGACAACUAACGACCGACAUGGAGUUCACGGGCGUGCUGAGAGUAGCUCUUUGUCUUGAUGCCAAACUUUGGCCACAUCUGCUCGAGUCGGCGUCAAUAUACGCUGUUGGAGGUGAAGUGGUACACUCAAUGAAUCCUCAAGACCCGGAAAAGGCUCUGCUUGAUUUUCAGUGGAAGACAAGGAGCUUUUCGACAUUUCACGGCCAAACGGACGAGGUUACGGCUGAAGAGAACGAAAAGUUGUUGAUGCUGACGCUACCGCAUCACCUGGAUGUGAUGCAAGUGCAAAAAGGUGCUGGAAAAUUAAAGGAGGGAAAGAAUCGAGUGUUGCCCAAGCUGAAGUACAUCUGUAUUCGCGGCCCGAUGCAAGGCAUCUUCGGGGAUGUGUGGCAUAUGCAAGAGAUGCUUACACCCGUCGAAUGGAACUACGCUGAGGAGGGACUUUUCAGUGAGGAUUUCAGCAGCAGCUCGGUCGACAACAAGCGGAAACGACUUAACAUGCGUGAAACAGUCAAACAGGCUAUUUUCCACGAGCUUUCUAUUGAUGCUGACAAGUACCCGCAACCAUUGAGUCCUGACGUAUAUAACUUCGGGAAACAAGUGAGUCGAGACGCGCGGCUGCUAUUGAUUGCGGACAAGUUUGGACAGGAGGAAAUGAAGCUCAAACUGUUGACAAAGAUCGAGAUGGAGCUGGUCGAUUGGCUCAACGCAACAAAUGCCAACCACUUUGUGUACGACCAGACUUUUGGUGGCGUGAUUACAAACGAUGGAUGGCAUAACAAGGAAGCUGACUACGGCAACGGAUAUUACAACGACCACCACUUCCACUACGGUUACUUAAUCUACGCGCUUGCUGCGAUUCGGAAACUUGAUCCGAACUUCAUCGCAGAAAAUUCGCAGGCUUGUGCACUGCUGAUCGGUGAUAUUGGAACGCCGCUGCUGAACAGCAACACGCCCUUUUUCAACGAUCUACCGGCGCAGUUACUAUUCCCAACGGCACGCCACAAAGAUUGGUUCGUGGGUCACUCGUACGCUAGUGGUCUAUUCCCCAUGGAGGUUGGCAAGUCCCAGGAAAGCAGCAGUGAAUGCAUCAACGCCUAUUACUCUCUCACGCUCUUUUCGUCCCUGGAUAAGGACGCCAGUAAUGGUCAAGGACACAGCUCAUAUCAUCAAUUCGCACGCCUUCUGCUUGCCACAGAACUGCGCUCAGUGAAAAAGUACUGGCAUAUGCGUCAAAACUCGGACAUCUAUGAGCCCGUCUUCGCGAAAAACGCCAUGGUGGGUGUCGUGGGUGAGCUAAGCGUCGUGUACAACACGUGGUUCGGCAACCGUGCAGUCUACAUCCACGGCAUAAAUAUGCUUCCUUUCACACCGAUCACGCCACAAUUACUGGACGAGAAAUUCGUCGCGCGCGAGUACCCAAUAUUGAGUCAAGAUCUACCAGAUCUGGACCCACACGACAUUUGGCGCUCUAUCGUUGUGAUGGAUCAUGCGAUCUUAGAUGCAGCGGAAGGUUGGGAAGAGCUGACAAAAACCGUGGAGUCGUUCGAUACAUGGUCGUCGCGCACGAACGCCAUGUAUUGGAUUGCAACUCGUCCGUCAUGGUUUGAACAAAAGAAUCGACGGGAGCUACGUGGUCCACCCGUUGACGUGGAAACAACGUGCUUUGGGUAUCCGGCUUGUGCUUCCGCAGGAGUAAAUGGCACGGCACUAAUGUGCUGUGGCACGUUGCCUGGGUGCUGCCCGAGUGCGCUUGGUUGUUGCCCACAAGAUUCGUCCGAUGAUCUGCCGAGCAAUGCAUGCUAUGGUGAACAUGAAUGCGCUGUGCUAGGACUUGGCUGCUGCAACAGCAUCGAUGGUUGUUGUGACCCCGAUUCUGUCUCCGGCACCGUGCUAGGCUGUUGCAAAAAUCAACACGUUUUGGCAAGCAACGUGACUUAUAAGGCGGAGGGUCAGCUGAAGGGCUCGGCGUUUUGCUUUGGUGAACCACUAUGCGAAGCAGCCAAUCUCGACUGCUGUAGUGCACCAGGUGGCUGUUGCUCGAACGCAGAAAGCAAAUUGGGCUGCUGCUUAUCAAAAAAGACUUCAGCAGCCGGAUCCAGUGCCCCUCACUCUGGUCAAGACUCUUGUCACGGACAGCCUUUGUGUGGUGCUGCUGGUCUGGAUUGCUGUAGCUGGGAUGGAGGUUGCUGCAAGCCCGAUCCCGUGACUGGAGGAAAGUUAGAUUGUUGCCAGGAUGAGCGUGCUGACAAGCCAUCACGCGACACACGUCCUGUCCAUAUUGGUAAUGUCGAGGAGAACGACGGUUCACAGGACAGCCCAGGCGAGUUUAACUCUGGAAUCACCCGCAUCUUGAUCGGUCUAGGGAUGGCGAUCAUGCUCGUUUUGACGGUGUAUGCUGUAGGUUUGUGCUACCGACGCCGUGGCUACUCCAACAUUGACGGUGACAUGCGCGCGCUUUACUGUGCCGGGUUGAUGGUCGGCGUCAUCGCCUUCUUCAUUUUCCUAGUCGUGACAUCUUAA